GGACAGACCUGAGGAUGUGGACCCUGAUGGGAGUGUGUGUCCUGCACUGUGUGUCCGCUCAGCUGUUUGACUCCAAACUGAAGGGAUCCCCUCGUCUGAUCUGCAGCGUCUCCGGACCCCCGGGACCUCCAGGUGGACCGGGUCCCAUCGGACCGCUGGGGAGCGAGGGGAGGCCGGGGAGAGAUGGGAGGGACGGGAGAGACGGGAUGACGAGGGAGAAGGGAGAGAGCGGAGACUCAGGGCUGAAGGGCCGGCUCGGGCCCUCCGGUCUGAUCGGGGUCAGAGGUCACCGCGGAACCACGGGGAAGCGAGGCCCGGCUGGAGAGCAGGGAGACCCUGGUCUGCAUGGUCCUCCGGGGCUGGAGGGGCUGCAGGGGGUCAGAGGAACCCGAGGAACCAGAGGAACCUCAGGAACCUGCAGGUGUGGUUCCCUCACGCCCAGAUCCGCCUUCUCUGCAGGCAUCACCAGCAGCUACCCGGCAGAAAAGACCCCCAUCAGGUUUGCAACUUCAAAUCAGCUGCUGUCUAGAGAAAAUGAUGAGUUGGGCAAAUAUGCAAAGAAAUAA